AUGGCUCUUGAGGUCCCUGUGGCCACUCGGGCCCUGGGGCUGAGCGCGCUUGGGCUGCAGCUUUGUGCACCGUUUGCACCUCCGACCCGCCUCGGAGCAUCACCCAUCUGGCCUGGCGGGGAAGCUGAAAGAUGCAAGGAUGCGAAGACGGAGGCUUGGAGCGCCCGGGCUCGCUGCGCGCUCGCCGCCCCCAUCGUGGCCUCCCGCGGCGCGGGCACCCUACUGACCGAGUUCAACGCUGCCUACGUGCCCCCCGGCCUCAUGGCCGGGUGGCAAGGAAAGCCACCUGGCGUGGCCUUCUCCUUCGGCUCCCCCCACGGCACCACCACGCUCAAGUACUGCCAGGAGCAGCGCAACGCAGCCCUGGAGAAGAGCCGCGCUCCCUUCAGCAAAGGCGGCCACUUCCCAGCCAUCUUGUCCCUAAAACCCAACCAAGUGCUGAGUGACCGCUGGCUGCGCGCCCCCAGCUGCACCCGCUUCAACCUGGACAGUAGCCGCUCGGCCGAGCUCUAGCGCUUCUAGCAGAUGACACAGCAGCAUCGGGAGUACUAGCAAGACAAGACGGUGGUGCCCCGGGUCCCCUACUUCGUGCUGCCUGUGAGGGAGUGGGAACGGUACCCCAUCCCCACCGACCUGCCUCCUCUGGGCCCGAAGAAGAAGUGGCACCUUUUAAGAGCAUCCCCUGAGAACCUGAGGACCUACCAGACAUUCCCAUCAGGGAAGAGGGUCUCCCCACCGGAGCGGCAGAUGCGGGACUGCUACUUUGAGCUCAGAGCAUGA